UACCUGAAGGCAGCAUUGGGUUUGGGCAACACCUCAAACGCCUGCAAGAUGCUAAAGGAAAAUACGUUGUUUUGGCAUUUUUCUGAAGAACAUCACGUCCUGAAAAUAUCUAUAUAAUAUAUCCGUCUCAAAAUGGGUGAAGAAGCUAAGAUGCGAACAUGUCAUCUUUUGGACCUGCCCUGGGAAGACGUGCUUGUUCCACAUAUAUUGUGCCAUUUGCCGCUGCAACACCUGGUCAGCCUGCAGAGGGUGAGCAAGCAGUUCCACAGCCUCAUCCAGGUCUAUCUGGCCAACUGCAGGACAUUCGAUCUGUCCCCGAUUGGACCAUGCAUUCCCAAGGAAGCAUUUUGCUCCAUGUUAAAGGACAACAAAGUUCUCCAGAGCCUGUCACUUCAGAACUGUUCGGACUGGGUGACCGACAAGGAGCUGCUGCCAGUUAUCGGCCAGAACCAGCAUUUGCAGAGAGUGGACAUGAGCGGGUGUGUUUGGCUCACCCGCCACUCCCUGGUGGCUGUGUCCUUGAGCUGCAUGCACCUCCAGCACCUCGGCCUGGCGCACUGCGAGUGGGUGGACAGCCUGUCCCUGCGCAGCCUGGCUGACCACUGCGGGGGGCUGCAGUCGAUUGACCUCACCGCCUGCCGCCAGCUCAAGGACGACGCCAUCUGCUACCUGGCCAAAAAGUGUUUGAAGUUGAGGUCUCUAUCUUUGGCAGUCAAUGCCAACGUCACUGACGAGUCGGUGGAGGAGGUGGCCAAGAACUGCAGGGGCCUGGAGCAGCUGGACCUGACAGGUUGCCUGAGGGUUAGAAACCAAUCCAUCAGGACUCUUGCAGAGUACUGCCCAAAGCUGCAGUCCCUGAAGGUGAAUCACUGCCACAAUGUGACAGAGUCAAGCCUCGAUCCUCUACGGAAGCGCAAUGUUGUGAUAGAUGUUGAGCCGCCCUUACAGAGGGCUCUGGUACUUCUUCAGGAUGUGCUGGGGUUCGCUCCCUUUAUCAAUCUCCAGAUAUAGCAAAAGGGCCAUCUAGUUGCCCAACACAGGCGUCUUUGUAACAACAGUCACUCUCAGCUGCAUCACAUGGGCACAUGAGUUGCCCUAAAUAUGUCAAGACAAUCCAAGAAGACCUGGAUCGGCUGCACUGCAGUUUGUGCAGCUAAAUAGCGUGGACAAAAAAUAACUUCACUGGAAUGCGUUCAAAGAUGCAUAUUUAAGAUGGAACUGAAAAUUAUGCCACAUUUGUAAAUGACUGAAGAAAGUCAUGUACUUUUAAGAAUUGCUGCCUCAUAUCCAAAUGAUGUCACUGCACUUUUUCUUAAUCAAAUUGGUGUUGUAAUAAUGUGGGUUUAUAGAAAAGCAAUUACAACCAAAGUACAGUGUAUUGUUUUGCUGGUACUGUGUGUAUAUGAUAAUGUAAAAAAGCAGUUAUCUUAUGUUUCAUUUAGAAACAUUAAACACGUUUGAGUUUAAUUAAA